AUGUGUUGCAUUGAAGUGACAAAUUCAACACCAAUUGCCAUGUUUUUGCCUGCUAAUUCAGGCCGGGGAAGAUGCGCUUUGGCUCUGAAUAAUUUUCUCGUGGCCUUACAUAAUGAUUUUGUUGGCCGUUGUAAGAACUUACUGAAAGAUGAAAGUAGGUGAGUGUAAGAAUAUUAGAUGGGUUUUAUACACUUAUCAAUGUCCGUUGCAUUCAAUUACCGCGAUAGCGUGCAUGGUUGCUGUUUAAAAUACAAUGCCACUAUUUAUCCUUUAUUGCUACUGUAUCAAUGCAGAUUAAAACUAAAGAUUACACGUCAACUGUUAUUGGAACGGUAAGAAAUAGCUAAUUACCUCACUGUAACUAAGAAGCUAAGAAUCAACCUGAUGAUUUUAGUAGGCCUACGUACACCCUGUAUAAGCGCACUGUAUGUGAGAGUGUUCCUGGAGCAGACAUUAUUUGCAAGAAAGAUAAUUACUAGAAGUAUAUUUGCAUGCAGUAACCUCGCCUUUCUUAUAUAAAAUACACAUGAAGUAUUUCAUAAUUAAAAACAAUAGUGGUUGUCAUGGUAACAUGAAAAUAAUAUGAAUAAGUAUUAAAGAAUCUAGGAUGUAGUUUUAUUUUAUUUGGCUUUUAAUAGGCUUCAAUUUAAUGUAAAAUAGUAAAACGUUCCGAAACUUUGCCGUGAAGCGGGGGAAACUGGAAAACUCGUUUUGCCCGACAAUUUAGGCGACAAAUAGCUUGCUCAAACGACGGCAAAAGUAUGGUAAAAUAUAUUCCCUUUAUAGGCACAACCUUUUACUUCAAUAAGGCACAUUUACUGUAGGUAAAAGACCAUUAUAAACUUACAUGAAAACACAAUGCGCAGGAUGAAUUGUCCUGAAUGAACAAUAAUAAUCACUGCAAUUUCAUGUGAAUUCAAGCUUGCAUAAAAACAUAUUAUUGAGAACGGCUUAAAAUGAAAUAUGAAUGAAAUCGACAACACAAAGCAAGUACGGUAUGGAGUUUCACUACUGAAAUGUUUACCACUUACCAAAAUAUAGCCAGGACAACUAUUAAAUUAUUAAUUAAUAACGACAAAAUUCGAGUUUAUUCAAAAUUCAAUAAUUUAUAAAGGUGGACAGGGUGUAUCAAAAACAGUAGACAAUUUUGAAACCGCCCUCAAUAUAGCGCGCACGCACUGUCAAGAAUAGCAUUUUACACUAUAAAUUUCUCAGCUGCUAUUCUAUAGGAUUUUUUAAAACGUUCAUAUCUUGUACAGAUUAUUGAUGUAUUGGUAAACUAUAACUAUAACAAUGUACUGCAGUGGUGCCGAACUGAAUUUAUAUAAAGGCGCUCCAUGGCAUAAAACCAAGGACGAUUUCUCAGAAAUUAUAAACAGCAUUUCCAAUUGAAACAAUGUCUGUGAAUAGGUAUGUACUAAGGUUGAUGCAUAAUGCAUAUGAGUUUGUGAAAAACUUUUUAACGGAAAUAGUUUUAUAGAGCAAGUCCCAUUAACGUGAGUAUGGGAUGCUCCACCUAAAAGCGACUCCCAUGUUAUACACCACUGAUGUACGUACCACCGUUUGUACACUUUCAAACAGUAAUAAAAUAUAAACAAAACAUAAACAUUAUAACAACAAUAUUACAAUUAUAAAAAAUAUAAACAUUAUAACAACAAUAUUCAUAGGGAAUAAUAGGAACGUAAACCCUCCCUCAAUGUUUGAUGAUGAACCAGUGUCUGAUGAAGUAUCAGAUACAUUCAAAGGAGUUGAGUUGAGUUGGUUGAUAUAAGAUGAAUUAUGUGAGAAACCAUUAAAAUUAUCUGAUAACUGGUUUCGAUACAGGCUUGAUGGCUGUGGUACAUUUUGGCUUUGCCUAUUAUUUCCCAUCAAAAGGCUAACGAUUCUCAUUUCAUGUUCCCUCUCUUGUAAUCGACGUUGAUUUUCUAGUUCCAUCAUCUUUAAUUGGAAAUUCAUUUCUUUUUGAUACCUUUCAUUUUCUGCUUUUAAACUUCUGCCAAACGUAAAGAACAAGAUAAAGCUAAUUAAGUUAUUAAUUAAAGCACAUGAAGGUGCAGCACAUAAGAAAUCGAAAGGGGUUAAUUUAACUCUAAAGAAACGUGGAGUUAGAAAGGUUCAAAAUAACCCCCAAUAAACUAAAUAGAGAACAUCUAGCAGCAGUCUGGGUCAGUCAGUCUGGGUCAGUCAAGAUGUAGUGGUCUCCAUGUAUCGUGCAUUUGGGGAAGUGAUAUUUAUAAACCAUUGGUCGAGUGGCAGCACUCUUCACUUGACGAUUAAAAUCUUCUGGCGUUAGACAGGGUAAAAUACAAAAGUAGGGUGCAUCAGGGUGCAUCGCCACUUAAAAGGUUAAUUUUCCCAUGAGGCACCACCAUGGUUGAUGCUGAGUGAGAAAAUUUUGGAAAUCUGUAGAUCGUCGGAAUUGGCAUUUCCCUUAUGAUCCUACAAAUUAACGACUAUCUUGGGGUUGUUCACACGUGGAAAUAUAUAAAUCUAACCUCUCCAUUUCCUUCUCAGAUGUUUCAUUUAAUGUUUUGCACAUUAAUGCAAUUCCCUUUUCAAAAUUGCUCAUUUUCGUUCUUUUUGCCAUCGGUUGCUUACAAGUCUCAAUUGAUGUGUCUUCUUUGAUGCUGCUACUUGGCUUUUCAGAAUUGUCCUGGUCAGCAGUUUCAGAACAAUUUGGAGCUUCUUCACCAUAUUUGCUGGUUUUUUCGGGCUGUUCAACUAUGUCACUCACUCUGUCACUUGGUCACCUGUGUAUGAAGAAAUUGAUAUAUUGUCAUCUAUCAUAACAGUCCUACAAAUGGGUCAUUCCAGAAAACAUUCAUAUAUACCUAUGCAUAAAGCCACAGAGCAAACACUGCAAAGUCGAAUGCAGUGGCGGACACUUUAUGAAAUAUUGGGUGGCUCGUGGGCAUGCCCCCCGGAAAAUGUUUAAAAUUUGGACCCCGGAAAUGGAAUUUGCAGCAUUCUGAGAGCACAUUUUGUAAAAAACUAGGUUUUCAAAACACUGUUUUAAAUAAUGGUAUUAAACUACAAUGGUUUAUUUAAUUAAUGGUAUUAUAUGACAAUUACAUUAUGCGUGUGUGAUUUGUGUUAUUUGGUACAAGAUUUGUACAGUCUUUCAAAAUUAUAGGGGGGGCUGAGCCCCCCCCCCCCCUCCUAGUGUCGGCCAUUGGUCGAAUGAGUUAAUUAUGAUACAUUUAAAUGAUAUUACUAAAAUAAAACACACCGAUCUUUUAUACUUUCAUGGUCUCCUUCACUAUCACUGGCAAUGUGACCAAUGUCAUAUCCAGCAUAUUCAGACGAGGUGUCUAUGACCUUAGGGGGUCGUGUAUUUGGUCUUGUUCCAAGAAUUUAUCCAAUUUACCAAAAUAUUUCCAUAGCUUCUUUCCAGUUCCGCUCUUAUUUGACUUGUCUUUUUAUGUUUUUUCAUAUUAUUUAUGAUAUCAUCAAGUCGAAAGAAAAAGCCUCUAUUUUCCAUUUGAACCUAUAAUGACCCAAAGUAAAAGAUAGUUGACGGCUUGAGAUUAUUUGACACAGUGGUGUUUCGAUUGCGCGGAUCUUCAUCAGUGCUAAUAAUAUGUCAAUAAUAUGCUAAUAAUAUUUACCGUUAUUCUUCGAUAUACUUCACGGGUUUCUUUCGCACAUUUAACAUUUUCUAAAGCAAUCUGUAUGGUUUCUUCUCCCCAGAGUUCAAUCAAUACUUCUGUUGCUUCACCGGGCCAAACAAUCCCUCUAUUUUUCUUCGGUGAAGUAGUUUUUUUUUCCUUUCUGACCCAUGUUCUGACUAACUUUCGAUUUCGCCGCCAUGUUUAAUAUUCAUAUACAAAGUUUUCACGAGUCCUGGAACUAGUCCACUUGGCAUGCGCAAUCAGAUUUUUGUACUAGGCACGGCACUGCAAGCGUUUACAUUUGUUUCAAAACAGGCACGGCACGGCAUUCAGGGGUAUCGAGACAGACUGUUUUCGUGAUGCUCGGCACGGCAAAAAUUAUGGGGAUUUUUAAAAGGCCGCACCGUUUACACUAUAAAGAUAGGCGUGCCGAAAAAAAUCGGUAGCCGUGCCCAAAACUUUGCCGUGCCGUGCCGAAAGAAGUUGUAGUGUAAACGGGGCUACAAAAGCAAGUACCGUGUGGAAUUUCUUACCCAAAAUAGCCAAGACAACGAUUAAAUGAUAAAAACAUCCGGUUCGUCUUCGAAAAAAUUCGUGUUCCUGCCUUUCAAACUUUGUUUCACAGUUGACAGCCACUUUGUUUGUACUUUUGUAAACUUUUUUAUGAAGUUUAAAAUCGCAAAAAUAUACUGUAUAACAGCAAAGUACAUCUUAAACCGAGGAACAUCCAUCACAUAACGACUUUGCACUUCUCAUACACCCGGGUGUAAAUAGCCGAUCGGAAAUUGUACCAUCGCCCCCAAGCUUACGCCCGGAACGUCGUUGAUUCGGGGAUAAAAAUAGCUAAUAUUGUACAUUCAUGGGUGUUACCAGGCCCAGAGCUACGGGGGGUGUGGGGGGUGUGACACCCCCAGAAAUUGUAUUUAGUCGGCAGGACUGCUAUUCAGUCGGUAGGACUGCUAUUCAGUCGGUAGAACUGCUAUUUAGGUUAAAUAUUUUCGCGCAAAGGGCAAGAUAGGGGUCGGAAUUUUAGAAAAAAUUUUUGGAAAAAUGGAGAAAAUUUGUGAUAUCUGGAAAAUUUGUUUGAUGUUCCGAAAAAUUUUGGUAUGUCCGGAAAAAUUUUUGGACCCCUAAAAUGGUACACUGACCGAAAUUUUUGUGGCGACGGGGUGUUGAGGGCGCCAAAAUUAAUUUUUUUGCGGAAAUUUUUUUUUGUCGGUUGAAAUGACCUUACACCCCCCCCCCUGAAGAAUUCCCUGAGGACGGUCCUGGGUGUUACUGCAUAAUUAGAAAGACAAUUUAAAUAUUUAUUUUGUUUUUAGUUCACCAGAAAUCCCGCUGGCCAAUAUAACUAAAGCUCAUCUUGUGGGAUACGAUCCAGAAAAGGAUUUCUUGCCAAUGAUCCUCGCACAUUGUGAUUAUUCUCUAAAAGUUGGCGAGGGAACGAUGGUAGAGUUUAACUGGAAGUGUUUGGAAAGACAACUGGUGGACAGAUUCAUCCGAGGAAGACCUAGACUAACCUCUUUG